CUCUCUCACAUACAUAAUCACUCUCUCACCCUUUCUGCAAAAAUCCACCAUGGCUCUGGAGUUGAUCGGAGGAUCAAUUCUCUCUGCUCUCAUUGAGGUUCUGGUCGACAGGUUGGCCUCUCGUGACGUUCUGGGCUUCUUCAAAAGCCACGAACUCGAUGGUGGUCUUCUGGAAAAGCUGAAUGAAACACUGAAUACUGUCAACGGACUACUCGACGAUGCGGAGGAGAAGCAGAUUACAAAGCGUGCUGUGAAGAACUGGCUUAAUGAUGUUAAACAUGCUGUCUAUGAAGCUGAGGACAUAUUGGAGGAGAUUGAUUAUGAAUAUCUACGAUCCAAGGACAUUGAUGCCCCUCGACCUGACAGCAAUUGGGUAAGGAAUCUGGUUCCAUUUCUAAAUCCAGCUAAUGGAAGGAUGAAAGAGAUGGAAGCAGAGUUACAAAAGAUCCUUGAGAAGCUUGAACGUUUACUUAAACAAAAGGGUGAUCUGCGCCACAUAGAAGGUACUGGUGGAUGGAGACCAUUGUCAGAGAAAACAACUCCACUGGUUAAUGAACCUGAUGUAUAUGGAAGGGACGCUGAUAAGGAAGCCAUAAUGGAGCACUUGCUGACACAACACAAGACAGAUGGCCCAAAUUUAGUUGUGGUUCCUAUUGUGGGCAUGGGCGGGAUUGGUAAAACCACUCUUGCUCAGCUUAUCUACAACGACGAAAAGGUAGAUCAGUUCUUCCAACUCAAGGCCUGGGUCUGGGCUUCUCAACAAUUUGACGUCACCAGGAUUAUUGAGGAUAUUAUUAAGAAGAUCAAAGCAAGGACUUGCCCCACCAAAGAACCAGAUGAAUCCAAAGAACCAAAUGAAUCUCUAAUGGAGGCAGUGAAAGGGAAAAAACUUCUACUUGUUCUAGAUGACGCGUGGAACAUCGAGUACAAUGAAUGGGAUAAAUUACUGCUACCUUUGCGGUAUGUGGAGCACGGAAGUAAGAUUGUCGUGACAACACGGGAAGAAGAUGUAGCAAAAGUCACGCAGACUGUCAUCCCCUCUCACCGCUUGAAUGUAAUAAGCGAUGAAGAUUGCUGGAAGUUGUUUGCAAGGGAUGCAUUUAGUGGUGUAAAUUCUGGAGCAGUCUCACACUUGGAAGAAUUUGGCAGAGUAAUAGUGAGAAAGUGCAAAGGUUUACCGCUGGCAGCGAAAACUCUUGGGGGUCUUUUGCACUCCGUAGGAGAUGUCAAGCAAUGGGAGAAGAUAUCCAAUAGCAGUAUGUGGGGUUCGUCGAAUGAAAACAUCCCUCCAGCUCUAACAUUGAGCUAUUAUUAUCUCCCUUCACACCUGAAACGUUGUUUUGCUUAUUGUGCAAUAUUUCCCAAGGAUUAUGUAUUCAAGAAGGAUAGAUUAAUCACUGAAUGGAUGGCACAUGGUUUUCUAGUCCAGCCCAGAGGCGUUGAGGAGAUGGAAGAUAUAGGUGAAAAAUACUUUAAUGAUCUUGUCUCCAGGUCACUUUUCCAGCAAUCCACUGGUGAUUCUUUUUUCAGCAUGCAUGACCUCAUAAGUGAUUUAGCUGAAUACGUGUCAGGAGAAUUUUGCUUCAAGCUUGGUAUUAAUGAAUCGGGCUCUGGGUUGGAGAGUGAACAUUCAUGCUCGCUUCCAGAAAGGACUCGUUAUUUAUCAAUCACUUCAGCGGCAGCAUAUGGCGGAGGACUUCGGAUUUUUCGUAGCAUUCAUGGAGUCCAACAUUUGCGCGCCUUGUUUCCACUGAAGUUUUUUGUGGAAGUUGAUAUUGAGGCACUGAAUGACAUUUUGCCAAAUCUUAAGCGCUUGCGAAUGCUAUCUUUAUGUCAUCCAAAAGAUAUUUCUUCUCAGUUGCUCAAUUCCAUUGGCAACUUAAAACAUUUGCGGCACUUGGACCUUUCUCAGACAGUAUUUAAACGGUUGCCCGAAAGUGUGUGCACCUUGUACUAUUUGCAAAGCUUAUUGUUAAAGGAGUGCCGACUUCUCAUGGAGUUGCCAUCCAACCUUUCCAACUUGGUCGACUUACAACAUCUUGAUAUUGAAGGGACAAAUUUGAAAGAGAUGCCACCAAAAAUGGGGAAACUCACGAAGCUUCGAAUUUUGGAAUCUUACAUCGUGGGAAAAGAUAGCGGGUCUAGCAUGAAAGAGUUGGGGAAGCUCUCACACAUAAGGAAAAAACUUUCUAUUCGGAAUCUCAGAGAUGUUGCAAAUGCUCAAGAUGCUUUGGAUGCCAAUUUGAAGGGUAAGAAGAAGAUUGAGGAGUUGGGGUUGACGUGGGAUGGCAGUACGGAUGACACACCACACGAGAGAGAUGUACUUGAGAAAUUGGAGCCUUCUGAAGAUGUGAAAGAGCUUGCCAUUAUUGGUUACGGGGGUACAACGUUUCCAGGCUGGCUUGGAAACUCUUCUUUCUCAAAUAUGGUAACGUUGCUUCUUUCUGGAUGUACGAACUGCAUCCUCUUACCACCAUUGGGGCAGCUGCCAUCUCUAGAAGAGCUCGAAAUUGAAGGAUUUGAUGAAGUCGUGGCAGUUGGUUCUGAGUUCUAUGGAAGUGACCCUCCAAUGGAGAAGCCAUUUAAAUCCCUCAUAACAUUAAAGUUUGAGGGGAUGAAGAAAUGGCAGGAAUGGAAUACAGAUGUAGCUGGUGCUUUCCCUCAUCUUGAAAAUCUCUUGAUAGCAGGUUGUCCAGAGUUAACAAAUGGCUUGCCUAAUCACCUUCCUUCUUUAUUGAUACUUGAGAUUCGAGCGUGUCCGCAGCUUGUGGUUUCAAUUCCAGAGGCUCCCCUGCUCAGAGAAAUCAAUGUAUCUGAGGGAGAUGAAAGUCGUAUAACUGGUCGUACGUCGUCCUAUUAUUGCUACUACUUACCAGAUCAACCACCCAAGUGCCUUCAUUUUAGACGAGAUCCCCAGCUAACGGGAAUGGAGCAAAUGAGUCAUUUGGAUCCCCGUCUUUUCACUGAUAUCAAAAUCGAGGAAUGUAGUUCAUUUAAGUGCUGCCAGCUAGACCUUUUACCCCAGGUCACCACACUUACCAUUGAACAUUGUCUCAAUCUGGAAUCCCUAUGUAUAGGCGAGAGACCUGUCCCUGCUCUCUGUCGUCUGACAAUCAGUCACUGUCCUAAUUUGGUGUCUUUCCCCAAAGGAGGACUAGCUGCCCCGGAUUUGACAAGCCUUGUGUUAGAGGGUUGCUUAUAUUUGAAGUCGUUGCCGGAAAACAUGCGUUCCCUCCUACCUUCCCUACAGGAUUUGCAAUUGAUCUCACUUCCAGAAGUUGAUUCGUUUCCUGAAGGAGGUUUACCCUCCAAUUUAAACACACUUUGGAUUGUGGAUUGUAUCAAACUCAAGGUUUGUGGUUUGCAAGCACUCCCUUCUCUUUCAUACUUCAGAUUUACUGGGAACGAGGUGGAGUCUUUUGACGAGGAGACGUUGCCCUCUACUCUUACAACCCUUGAAAUCAAUCGUCUGGAAAACCUAAAAUCUCUAGACUAUAAGGAGCUUCAUCACCUCACAUCUCUUCAGAAAUUGAGUAUCGAGGGAUGCCCUAAGCUUGAGUCCAUAUCAGAGCAAGCGCUUCCCUCCUCCCUUGAAUUCCUUUAUCUCAGAAAUCUGGAAUCUCUGGACUACAUGGGGCUUCAUCACCUCACCUCUCUUUACACAUUGAAGAUCAAGAGUUGCCCUAAACUUAAGUUCAUAUCAGAACAGAUGCUGCGCUCCUCCCAUGAAUACCAGGGGCUUCAUCACCUCAUCUCUCUUAGAAAUUUGAGGAUCGAGAGUUUCCCUAAACUUGAGUCCAUAUCAGAACUGGCGCUGCCCUCCUCCCUUGAAUACCUUCAUCUCUGUAAACUGGAAUCUCUGGACUACAUUGGGCUUCAGCACCUCACCUCUCUUCACAGAUUGAAGAUUGAGAGUUGUCCUAAACUUGAAUCGUUGCUAGGGCUGCCUUCCUCCCUUGAAUUCCUUCAGUUAUUGGAUCAGCAAGAACGGGACUGCAAGAAGCGUUGGUGCUUCACCUCUCAUGGCAAGAUGAAGAUAAGAAGGAGCCUCAAGCUUGAGUCCUUUCAAGAAGGCACAUUUCCCUGCUCCCUUGUAGACCUUGAAAUCUGGGUUUUGGAAGAUAUGGAAUAUAGUUCUCCUAAGCUUGAGUCCGUGCCAGGAGAGGGGCUGCCCUUCUCCCUUGUAUCUUUUAAAAUAUCAGCUCGGAUAAAUCUGAAAUCUCUAACGGGGCUUCUGCACCCCCCCUCUCUUCGCGAAUUGAUUGUCCGGAGCUUAUGUACUUGCCCGGAAAAGCGCUGUCCUAACCUUCUACUGGAUAUCCGUUAGAGAUGGGAGAAGAAUUUUACAUGUAAAUAUA